AUGGACGUGAACAUGGACGUGGACGUGGACAUGGACGUGGACGUGGACGUGGACGUGGACGUGGACGUGGACAUGGACGUGGACGUGGACGUGGACGUGGACGUGGACGUGGACGUAGACAUGGACGUGGACGUGGACGUGGACGUGGAGAACUUGGACGUGGACAUGGACGUGGACGUGGACGUGGACGUGGACGUGGAGAACUUGGACGUGGACAUGGACGUGGACGUGGAGGUGGACAUGGACGUCGACGUGGACGUGGACGUGGACAUGGACGUGGACAUGGACGUGGACGUGGACGUGGACGUGGACGUGGACGGGACAUGGACGUGGACGUGGACGUGGACGUACGUGGACGUGGACAUGGACGUGGACGUGGACAUGGUCGUGGACAUGGACGUGGACGUGGACGUGGACGUGGCGAUGGACAUGGACGUGGACGUGAACGUGGACGUGGACGUGGACAAGGACGUGGACAUGGACGUGGACGUGGACGUGGACGUGGACAUGGACGUGGAGGUGGACGUGACGUGGACGUGGACGUGGACGUGGACGUGA